ACACCGGUCCAAAAGACAGUUCACUCACUUAAAACCAAUCAUGCAAUUCAAUUCAGGACCCCAAACGUUGGACUUGGUCCACUUGUCUCCUUCAAUUGACAUCACACUUCUUGUCUAUUAAUUAUAGUCCAUACUAUUGUGACGUACACAUAUUCACAUGCUGUUGUGAGAAGCUCGAGAGUCACAUGUUUUUGUUCUUUAAAGGGACUCUGUUGAGCUUGUUUAACCAUGGAUUCUCGGCCGGAGGUUUGGAUGUUUGGGUUUUUGGUACUUGGAUUUGUUGGUGGACAGGUGGGUGGUGCUGGUGUUGCUUCGAGAAGCUGUGGGUUUCCGGCUGUGUAUAACUUUGGAGACUCGAAUUCCGAUACUGGAGCCCGAUCGGCGGCCUUGGGGGGUGUGCCUCCACCGAAUGGCGUAACUUUCUUUGACAAGCCAUCUGGAAGGCUUUGUGAUGGUCGUCUCAUCAUUGAUUUUAUAGCUGAAAAUCUGGGAUUGCCAUACUUGAGUGCAUACCUGGACUCAAUUGGUACAAGUUUCAGACAUGGUGCUAACUUUGCAGUGUCUGGUUCGUCUAUUCGUCCAGGCGGCUAUAGCCCCAUCCACCUAGACCUCCAGAUAAAUCAAUUCGGUCAAUUAAAGUCGCGUACCACUGACCUCUACAAUCAAGUAAGCAGAAAUGGGGAAAAGAUUACACCAUGUAAAAGUAGUAUUCCGAGGCCUGAGGACUUCCCAAAGGCCCUAUACACGUUUGAUAUCGGACAGAAUGAUAUUGCCUUUGGUUUUCAGUAUUCCUCUGAAGAACAAGUCAGAGCAUUGAUUCCCGAUAUCCUGGAAAAGUUCUCUAAAGCAGUUCAAAACUUGUAUGACCAAGGGGCAAGAUUCUUCUGGGUGCAUAACACGGGGCCACUCGGCUGCUUGCCAUAUAGUGUCAUCAACGAUCAAUCAAAGCCCGGAAAUUUAGAUCAACACGGGUGUGUGAUGCCAGUUAAUGAGGUGGCUAUGGAGUUCAACAGGCAGCUAAAGUACAGGGUCUCAAAGCUAAAGGCGCAACUUGUACAUUCAACAUUUACAUACGUUGACGUGUAUUCGGCUAAAUACUCUCUGAUAAGCAAUGCAAAGAAUCUAGGUUUCGAGGAUCCGAUGGAUUUCUGCUGCGGCAGUUACUACGGAUACCAUGUGGAUUGCGGAACGUUGGCAUUCGUUAACGGCACCGUCUAUGGAUACCCGUGCAAAGAGCCAUCGAGACACAUUAGCUGGGAUGGAAUACACUACUCUGAGGCUGCCAACAAGAUGAUUGCAAAUCUCAUUGUCAAUGGCUCCCUUUCCGAUCCUCCGAUAUCAAUCGCAGAUGCUUGUCAACCUCUAAGUAUGCUUCUGCAAUUGGAAUAUGCAAAAUUUUCAAUUUGGAAAUCGUUUAGUAGAUUCUGUCCCAGCAAUGUGUACAGAUGGAUGUACAAAACUUCACUAUCCAACGAAAAAACAUAUAGGCACAUAGCUCUUCUAACAAGCUCAGAAGAAUCUCAUUUCCUCUGUCUUUGUCUGAACUCUUCUGCCGAGGUUGUUCACGACCAGCCACAUAUGGGUUCUCCGCCGUGUACAUGGGUGCUUGGUUUGGUGGUACUAGGAUUUGCUGCCGAACAAAUGGUGGGUGGUGCUAGUGCUGGUGGUCGUGGUGGUUCGAAGAGUUGUGGGUUUCCGGCUAUAUACAACUUCGGGGACUCGAAUUCAGACACCGGCGGGCGUGUGUCGGCCUUCGGCCAAGACCCGUCGCCGUAUGGCGAAACUUUCUUCGGCAUGCCGUCUGGAAGGCUUUCUGAUGGUCGUCUCGUCAUUGACUUUAUAGCUGAAGAACUGGGAUUGCCAUACUUGAGUGCAUACCUGGACUCAAUUGGAACAAAUAUCAGUCAUGGUGCUAACUUUGCAGUAGCCGGUUCCACUAUUCGUCCAGGCGGCCACAGUCCUUUCUUCCUUGACAUCCAAAUCUCACAAUUCAUUCACUUCAAAACCCGUACCGCUCUCCUCUACAAGAAACUUAGCAAAAAGGGUAAAAGCAAUCUUCCGAGGCCUGAGGACUUCUCGAGGGCUCUUUACACUUUUGACAUGGGGCAGAACGAUUUAGCCUUGUUUGAUCAGGAUACUAAAACCACAGAAAAAAAGGUCAGAGCAUCUAUUCCUGAUAUCCUCGAGAAGUUCUCCAAAGCAAUUCAGCGAUUGUACAAGGCAGGGGCAAGGGUAUUCUGGGUACAUAGCAUUGGGCCAAUUGGAUGCUCGCCAUUCACAGUCAUCUAUGGCGAAUCAAAGACCACAAAGUUAGACAAAUAUGGGUGCAUAAAAUCUCAGAAUGAGGUGGCUAAGGAGUUCAACAAGCAGCUAAAGGACAGUGUCUCCAAGCUAAGGGCAAAACUUGCGCAUUCAGUAUUUACAUAUGUUGAUGUGUAUUCAGCGAAGUACUCAGUGAUAAGCAAGGCAAAGAAGUUAGGUUUUAAUGAUCCGAUGAAGAUUUGCUGUGGGAUUUACGGUGAAUAUCAGGUGGAUUGUGGGUCAACAGAAACUGUGAAUGGAAAAAAAGUCUAUGGAAAACCUUGUGCUGAUCCAUCAAAAUACAUAAGCUGGGAUGGUACACACAAUACUGAAGCUAUCAACAAACUAAUCGCAAAGCUCAUUGUCAACGGCUCCCUUUCUGACCCUCCGGUAUCACUUGCAGAUGCUUGUCAUACUCCUUGAACACCGAAGCCUUCAUAGCUAUGUUAUCGAAAUGCUUGUUCAAUAAUCAUAGCAUGUUUUCCUGUUAUAUAGGUGUCCACGACAGUACUGUUAAGUAUUCUUUUGCAAUUUUGAUAAUCAGACCAUCUUAUAUUGUAGUUUAGGUUUCUGUCAAUAAGAGUGAGCCUUGAAUUUGAUACC